GCAGCUUCCCCCUGGGUCCGACUCUGACGUGGUUCGGGCGGAGAUAGGAUAAAUGCCAGUCUAUCGAUAACGUUUGUGAAAAAGAGUGAAAGUAAUAAUACUCAUCAUGGAAACGUUGUUUAACUGCAUUGUUAUAGACGACCUCAAAUAUUAAUUUCUAUAUACAUGACAUAGGAUCCAAUAUUACUAUCUCCAGUUUCAAAUAGUAAGCUACUAACAUCCUAUGGAAAUAUAUAUGCUUUUUAUUCUAAAAGCUGACACCAUUUUGAGUAUGACUUCUGCUUGUUGCGGUAGCACCGCCGGAGUGCCGUGGGCGGAGCUGACAGGAAACCGGCGGAAGCCGGUAGAUUAAUUAAGCGCACCGAGAAGCCUGUUGAUGUCACACGUUGCGGAUUUUUCGCGGGAUUUGAGGACCUGCUGCGCCGUUCCGGUGAAGACUGAGAGACAUGCCUCCAAGGAAAAAGGCCAGAACCAGUGAAACAACUGCAAGCUCAGGCGGAGAAGCGGCACCCAAGAGGAGAAAAGUCUCAGUUGGAAAGGAUGGCUCCAAUUCUGCGGGCUCUCCGGAGCACAGCCACUGGCUGAUGAAGUCUGAGCCCGAGAGCCGCUCCGAGAACGGCAUCGACAUGAAGUUUGGCAUAGAGGAUCUGAAGGCUUUGCCCAAUCAGACCAGCUGCUGGGACGGCGUCCGCAAUUAUCAGGCUCGCAACUUCAUGAGGCAGAUGAAGGAGGGGCAGCUGGCCUUCUUCUACCACAGCAACUGCAAGGAUCCGGGGAUCGCGGGGCUCAUGAGGAUUGUGAAGGAAGCUUACGUGGACCACACUCAGUUUGACAAGAAAGACGUCCAUUACGACGCGGGCAGCAAGCCGGACAACCCCAAGUGGAGCAUGGUACCAACACGAGGCCACACACCCGGGCUCGUACCGGUAGAUGUUCAGUACCAGAGAAUGCUGAAGCGUUUCCUCCCCCUGUCCGAGCUGAAGAAGCACCACCUGCAGCACCGCGCCGGCGGGGGGCCUCUGAGGGACAUGGCACUCUUCACCAGGGCCCGGCUCUCCGUCCAGCCCCUGACCCCCGAGGAGUUUGACUUCAUCCUGAGUCUGGAGGACCAAGAGCCUUUGUGAGGAUUGUCUCCAUUCUGUGUUGAGUAAAUGUCACUGUUGUAUUCUUUUGCUAUAAUGAUAUUAAAUGUGUUCUGAGUGGCUCAGACUUCAUAUCUAAGAUUCAUUUUGCCAUAAAAAAAGAACCAACUCCUGUUAUGAUGUAAGGCAUAAGCAGAUGUUUGCGGUUCUUUAUCCAGUAAAGAUGUCUCACUUGCAUCCCAAAAAAAGACAAAAAUCCCAGUAUGCUGUCGUUGGUGAGUUAGUAGUGACGUCACUCUGAACAUCACAAGUUAUAUUUUACUUUAUUUGACUCAGAAAAAAUCUGUGGAAUCAC